CGGAAAAGUGAAGAGAGAGAGAGAGAGAGAGAGAGAAAUUGUAUUAUUGCUUGGUUAAAAGAAGACACAUUUUCAAGAAACUCCACUCUCUCUCUCUUAUUCUCUCCUCACUAACUCUCCAAUGAAGCCACAGCAAUGGAUUAUCAAAGCCACAAUUUGCGUAACUGUGCUCUUGUUAGCAGCACAAUGUCUCUCAGCCUCAGAAAUCGAUGAAAUUGUAAAAUUGCCAGGCCAACCAGAGGUCAGUUUCAAGCAGUACGCAGGUUACAUAACAAUUGAUGAAAACCAUAAGAGAGCUCUUUUCUACUACUUUGUGGAAGCAGAGAUAAACUCAGCUUCGAAGCCUCUUGUUCUCUGGCUAAAUGGAGGGCCUGGUUGCUCUUCUAUUGGAGCAGGAGCUUUCUGUGAGCAUGGACCUUUUAAACCAAGUGGAGACAUACUACUUAAAAAUGAUUUUAGCUGGAAUAAAGAAGCAAAUAUGUUAUACCUGGAAUCACCUGCAGGAGUUGGCUUCUCCUACUCUGCUAAUGAUUCCUUCUACGCUUCUGUGAAUGAUGAGAUAACAGCUCAAGACAAUCUUGCAUUUCUUGAACACUGGUUUUCCAAAUUCCCAGAAUAUAAAGAUAGAGAUUUCUUCAUAACGGGAGAGAGCUAUGCAGGUCAUUAUGCCCCACAGCUUGCACAGCUCAUUGUCCAGUCCAAUGCAAAAAUAAACCUGAAAGGGAUUGCAAUAGGAAACCCACUUCUAGAAUUUGAUACAGACUUCAAUUCACGAGCCGAAUAUUUUUGGUCUCAUGGUCUAAUAUCAGAUGCAACCUACCAGAUUUUUACCACAAUUUGUAACUAUUCUCAGAUCAGGAGAGAAUACGAAGCUAGUGGCUUUCUUUCCCCUGCUUGCUCUAAAGUGAAUAGUGAAGUCUCAAGAGAAGUUAGUAAAUUUGUUGAUACUUAUGACAUUACUCUUGAUGUUUGCUUAUCAUCUGUCCAAUCCCAAGCGCAUCUGUUGAAUCAAAUGGAAUAUGCUGGGCAAAUUGAUGUCUGCGUAGAAGAUAAAACAGUGAAGUAUUUAAACAGAAAAGAUGUUCAAGAAGCUCUUCAUGCUCAGCUUCUUGGUGUCAAUGCAUGGACUGUGUGCACCGAUGUGGUGAAGUAUAAUACUCAAAAUCUAGAAAUACCUACCAUUCCUAUUAUUGGCAAGCUUGUCAAAUCCGGCAUUCGAGUUUUUGUUUACAGUGGAGACCAAGAUUCAGUCAUUCCACUUACUGGAACAAGAUCACUGGUGAAUGGAUUGGCAAAGCAAUUAGGACUCAACACAACUGUUCCCUAUAGAACCUGGUUCGAGGGAAAACAGGUUGCUGGUUGGACACAAGUAUAUGGAGAUAUCUUAUCUUUUGCCACCAUUAGAGGUGCAUCUCAUGAAGCUCCAUUUUCACAGCCAGAGAGAUCCCUUGUGCUAUUUAGUUCAUUUUUAGAGGGAAAACAACUCCCAGAAGCCUUCUCUUUCGCCGAUAAAUUUCAUAAAUAGUCAUUUCAUAUCAGUAGUUGACAUUGUAAAUUGUUGCUGCGAGUACUAGCAUUUCUCUCUAUCUGUUAGAUUAAACAUGUUAUUGCAUAUUGGCCGUAAAAAUUUUCCAUAAUCUUAUUAUUAUUUUAGCUGAGGAUUACUUACAA